ACUCGCACAGUUUUGAGACUGGGAGGCAGCUGAUGGAAUAAAGUUCAGUUUUACUUGAGUACCAAUCUUUUUGUAGGACUAUUCGUAAUGCUUUACGCUGGAUUAUUUCCAAUGCCUGAAUGAGAUAAUUUGGAGCAGCUUGAUAUACUACACUCAUGUACAUUAUUCUACUCUGAACAUACGAAUGUUACAUAACUUUAAUUAAUUUGCUUUGCACAUAUUGUUUAUAAAUCACAUUUAGUAUGAAUUAUUCUUUUCGAUUUAACGGGUUUUUCAUAUUUGAAUCAAUUUUGUCAUCUUAGAAAUUGAUGUGUAAAUAAUAUGUAACGCCAUCUGUGAAUAAAAAGAAUAACUUUGGAUGACUAAUAACAAGGAAUGAAAUGUUCUUUUUUUUGUGAUGUGCAAGUUAUUUCAUGACGUUCUCCCUAACAGCAUUACUGCUAAGUUUCAGGUGUUUUCUAAAUUUUAAGUAAAAUACAUCAGCUGGAUCUUUUCAGACAGCACGUUAAGGAACAUUUAUCUGCAUUUAUCAAUAGGUUUCUUUCUAUAAGUUGUGCUUUACAGGAUAUAAAGCAAAACUGGAUCUUGAUUUUUAUUCCAUUUAAGGAUCUUGAUUCAAUUUUUCAGCCCAACUUAAAAUUUCGUCAUAACAGUCAUUUGAGAUUCAAAAACUAUUCAAAAAUAUCGUAAAACCAAAAAACACGUUUUUAACAAAAUAAAUGAAAAUAGAUUAUUAAUUAAGUUUUAAGGACUUUUUGUUGAUCAAUAUCAUAGACAAUAAUAGAAAGAAUGACUGGUCGUGGAAGAGGAUUUUUGUUGAAGAAAAUUGAAGAUGAAAAAGCUGCUGAUGAACAAUCAGACGUUGGAUCAUCAAUAUCUACUUUCCCAAUCCUCGGACGUGGUGGUCGUGGUAUAAAAUUACAAACUCAAUCCCUAUCGACUCAACAACCUACAACAGAAACAACAACAAGUGACAGUGAUUCAAAUGUAUCGGCAUUUCCUUUAAUUGGACGUGGUCGUGGAAUACUUUCCACAUUAGGUCGAGGCACAACAUCAUCAGAACCAAAAUCGUCCGAACCAGAUCCAGUAGAACAAGCUAAACAGUAUGUCACUGGACAAUUUGAUGAUUUAUCAUCACCAAAAAAGGUUUCGUCAUCUUCUGGUCGUGGACGAUCAUCUGGUCUGAAUACUGAUGAGAGAGAAUCAGCAAAGUCAUUAAUUGAAGGCUUUGAAAAAGUCACAAUCGAAGCACCAGCAAAACAACCAUCACCAGAAAAAGUUGCACCAAUUCCAUCAAUGGAAAAGGAACCAGAAGAAGUUGUCGAGGAAUCAGUUUUAACUAAAAAAGGAUCAAAAGGAACACCAUUCACGGCUUUAACAAACUGCAUCAUGCUAAAAUGUAACAAGGAUUUUGGUGUUUUCGAGUACGAAGUUCGUUUCCAGCCAGAAAUUGACAACAUUCAGCAUCGCUACAAGUAUCUUGGACAGUUACGAGAACAAAUUGGAAGUGUUAAAACAUUCGAUGGAGUUACACUUUAUUUACCAAAACAAUUACCUGAUCAUACAACAACAUACACAGCAUCAAUUGAAGGACAGAACGAAGUUGAAGUCAAAAUUAUUUAUCAUCGGAAGAAGCGUUUAGGAGAAUGUUUACAUUUGUAUAAUGUCUUAUUUGAACGUAUUAUGAGAGACUUGAAAUAUCAACGAGUUGGUCGCAAAUGCUUCGAUCCAUCAUCACCAAAGGAAAUUAAGCAGCACAAGCUUGAAGUCUGGCCAGGCUAUGUUAAAUCUGUUGAAGAACAAGAAGGUGGAAUAAUGCUGUUGCUGGAUGUUUCUCAUCGAGUCUUAUCACAAAAGACAGUCUUGGAAUACAUGAGCGAAUGUGUGGAAAAAUAUCGUCAAAAUUAUCAGGAUAUGGUUAAGAAGGCACUCAUUGGACAUACUGUAUUGACUCGAUACAACAACAAGACUUAUCGUAUUGACGAUAUUGAUUUUACAAAGAAUCCAACAGCAAAGUUCAUGAAGGGAGAAACAGAAAUUAAUUAUUGUGAUUAUUACAAGCAGCAAUAUAAUAAAAUUAUAAAGGAUAUGAAGCAACCGCUUUUAAUUCAUCGUGAGGAUGUUCGAGUUCCUGGCGAGAAAACCAAAAAGGAAAUGGUCUUCUGUUUAGUUCCCGAGUUGUGCUACAUUACAGGCUUAACAGAUGAAAUGCGAAGUCAAUUUACAAUAAUGAAGGAUUUAGCUGUUUAUACAAAACUUGCUCCAUUUCAACGAGUUGCUGCUUAUAAGCAAUAUGUCGAAAAUAUUAACAAGCAUCCAGAAGCAAAACAAAAGCUCACAGACUGGGGCUUAACACUCGAUUCCGAUCCAUGUCAAGUAACAGCUCGAGUAUUAAACAAGGAAGUUGUUAUCUUCGGUCAAAAUAAGUCAUUUGAUAUCGCUCCGAAUGCAGAUUUUUCACGUAAUGCUACGUCCUGUGAAGUUUUGGAGCCUGUCAACUUGCAGAAUUGGGUUUUGAUUUAUACUAAGAAUGACUCGAAAACUGCUGAGAACUUUGAGAACACAAUCAUGAAGGUUUGUGGACCAACUGGAAUUCGCUGUGCUCCUCCACGACGUAAUGAAUUGCCAAAUGAUCGAACCGAUACUUAUGUUAACAAAAUCAAGGAUUGUGUAAAGGAUAAAAACGUUCAAAUUGUCGUAACAAUCUUCCCAACUUUACGAGACGAUCGAUAUUCAGCUGUUAAGACGACAUUAUGUAAAGACAAUCCAUGUCCAUCGCAGUGCAUUAACAGUAAGACACUUCGCAAUGAAGCCAAGAGUCGAUCGAUUAUUCAAAAGAUCUUACUUCAAAUGAACUGUAAAUUGGGUGGCACAUUGUGGGGAAUUAAAAUUCCAUUGAAAAAUACUAUGAUUGUUGGAAUUGACACAUAUCAUGAGGCUAAUCAGAAGGGAAAUGCUGUCGGUGGUUUUGUAGCGAGCAUGAAUUCCUCAUUUACAAAAUAUAAUAGCAUUCCAACCAUACAAAAGAAGAAGGAAGAGCUGUUGAAUGGAUUAAUUGCUUCAAUGGAACGAACAUUGCGUAAUUAUAAGCAAAUUAACUCCAACUUGCCUGAUCGUAUCAUUAUUUAUCGAGACGGCGUUGGCGAUGGACAAUUGCAACAUGUUGAAACAUACGAAAUCCCGCAAUUUAAGGAAGCAUGUGAACGAAUGUGUCCAGGAUAUUCACCAAAAAUUACAUUCAUUGUGGUCCAAAAGCGUAUAAAUCACAAGUUCUUUAAGUUUAUCCGUGAUAGACCACCCGCAGAAAGCUAUGUGAAUCCACCACCAGGAUCAGUUUUGGAUCAUACAGUUACACGUCGUAAUGCUUAUGAUUUCUUUUUAUGCUCACAAAAUGUUCGUGAAGGAACUGUAACACCGAGUCAUUUCAUUGUCUUGCGUGAUGAUAAUCAGUUCGAGCCAGACAUUAUUCAACAAUUGACAUACAAGCUGACUUAUUUAUACUACAAUUGGCCUGGUGCUGUUCGUGUUCCUGCUCCAUGUCAGUAUGCACAUAAGCUGGCUUAUCUCGUUGGAUUGGCUGUCAAAGGAAAAGUUGAUGAUUCGCUUACUGACAAACUUUUCUAUUUGUAAAUUUAUAAAUGCUUUAAAUUAAGGAAAGGAAGCAUUUAACAACAAAUCAACAUAUUUAAUGGUGUUUGCUAUUCAGAAAUAUUCAUUGUUAGAAUUAGUUUUAAAUUUAUAUUUUAAGAAAAACAAGAAAUUUGCGAACUUGUUGCAACAUCUAGAAAAUAUUAAAAUGAUGCAACAGAAAAAUAACGGUUUAAAAAAAUUUGAAAAUAACAGUUAAAAAGUAUUUCAAAAAAUAAAAAAAAAUCCAUAAACUCGCGAUAAUUCAAUGUAAGAGUGAUUCCACAGAAAGACAGUUCUAGACACUCUUACAAAAUUAUAAAAUAUCAAGAAUUAAAUCUUAUAAAUACAGUAGAGUAAUUCUGUUUAAAAAGUUGAAAAUGUUGCUCACGAAAGAUACAUUUCAAUUAUUAUUUCCUAUCAACACUCAAUAAAAUGAAAAUAUCUCAUAAAUUAAAGCAUAAUAGUACAUAAAAAAUUAGACAGCCAGCAGGACCCGCUUUUGUUUUGAAAUCAUAUUUCUGUCGUCAAUCAUUUAAAAAAAAAUCUUAAAUUGUGCAACAUUGUUUCUAGAGUUUUCAUGUUGUCCAAUUUUAUCAUUAAUUAAAUCUUUAAUAUGUUUAUAUAAGCUCAUAAUUUUCUAAAAGUAAUUGUCUGUGUCUUAAGUCGAAUCUGUGGAAUCACCUUAACCUAUUUUUUCGAGCCCAAAAACAAUAAAUUGUUAAAAUUCUAAAUUGAAAUGUUUAAUUAUUUAUUGAAAUACUAUAAUUAAAGUACUUAAAAAAUAUUCAACCAACUUUAAAUAAAGUGAUAGAUCUUAAAAAUCAAACAAAAAUAAAGAUAACCCCAA